UCCUGAUAGGAUUGUAUUCCAUGCCCUCCACACGGUCAUCUUCAUCCUGUUAUUUGACAGUGACAUUUAACUUCAUAAAAUUACAUCAGGCAGAAAUGGAGUUUGGAGCGGGCGAUAUUGCUCAGAUAUCAGCUGAACUGGCCAGAGUGGUCGAGGUGAUGAUGUCACCUAACGUACCUCAGCAGCAGCGUCUGGAAGUGUACAAUGCCUGUGAAAGAUUUAAAGAGUCCUCCCCAUUGUGCGCGCAAUGCGGCUUGUAUCUGGCUCAGAAGUCACCAAACAGGAGCUCAGUAGUGCGCCAUUUUGGUCUACAAUUAAUGGAACAUUGUGUGAAAUACCGGUGGACACAGAUCUCGCAAACAGAGAAGAUCUUCAUCAAGGAGAAUGCGAUGAAGCUGCUUCAGGAGGGCACCGAGCCGUUGCUGCAGGAAGAAGCGCACAUAAAGGACGCAUUGUCGCGCGUGGUGGUUGAGAUGAUAAAGCGGGAGUGGCCUCAGCAAUGGCCGACGCUGCUGGUCGAGCUUAGUCAAGUCUGCACGCGAGGCGAGAGCCAGACCGAAUUGGUGCUGCUGGUAUUCCUUAGACUGGUGGAGGACGUGGCGCUCCUGCAGACGCUUGAGUCUAAUCAGAGGAGAAAGGACAUCUACCAGGCGUUGACUACGAACAUGGCAGAAAUCUUUAGCUUUUUUUUGAGACUGAUGGAGCAACACUUUUCGGAGUUUCAGAAGAAAAGUGCCUUAGGACAUACGUCCGAAGCCGCGGCACACAGCAAAGUCGUCCAGGUAGUGCUGUCCACGCUAACCGGGUUCGUCGAGUGGGUCUCUAUAAACCACGUGAUGGCCGAGGAUGGGAGAUUACUGCAGAUACUGUGUCUCCUGCUCGGUGAUCCCAUAUUCCAGUGUUCCGCCGCCGAAUGCCUGCUGCAGAUCGUGAAUCGCAAGGGCAAAGCCGAAGAUCGAAAGCAGCUGAUGAUUCUGUUCUCGGAUGAGGCUCUGAGGUUUAUUUACACGGCGGCCACCGCUCCGCCGCCUCUCGCCGGACCGACGGAUUUCCACGAGAAUCAUUAUCUGUUCCUGAAGAAACUCACACAAGUGUUGACGGGCAUGGCGACGCAGCUGUGCAUUUUGUGGGGGAAGGACGACGGCUCCAGCAUACGACCGACGCACUUCAAUCUUUUCCUAGACACUGUCCUCACGUUCACCAUGUACCCGAGUCUCACGCUCACGCAUUUAGCGAACGCAAUCUGGGUGAUGCUGUUCAAGCACGAGCAAAUCAAAACGGACUCGCUUUUGCUGACGUACGUGCCCAAGUACGUGGAGCACACAGCGCCGAAAUUAAUCCGCGUCGCGUAUCCGCACAGCAGGCAGAGCAACGGCAUGACUACGUAUUGCCUCGUCGAUUACGAUUCGGAAGAGGAGUUCAAUGUGUUUCUGCAUCGCUUCAGAAUGGACUUACUGGAAGGAUUCAGAAAUGCAACCAUGGUGGCGCCUUUAGUGACAUUCACGUACGUGCAACAGUGGCUGACGGCGAAAAUCAACAAAGGCAUGGCCGAUCUACAGUACAAGAGCGAUCAGAACGAUCGGGAAUACCUGGAAUGGGAAGCUCUUGCGCAAGCGUUGGACUCCGUCGUGUCCAGAAUUCUGUUAAUCAACGAGCGGCCGAGCGUGCAGACCGGCCUGCAGUUACUGGAACUCUGUCUGGGCUACUCGCCGCAGGAUCCCUGGCUGCUGUCCGCGCUGCUGUCCUGCAUAAGCGCGCUCUUCGUCUUUCUGUCGAUGUCGACCGGCGCGAUGACCAUGCCGGGUGUCGCCAUUCUGCCGCGCGUUCUCGACAAGAUCUUCGCCGCGCUGGUGUUCGAGGCGCCCGGCGAGAACGAGCGCAAUCGCUCGCGCGCGACCAAGAACGUGCGGCGGCACGCGGCUAGUCUCAUGGUGAAGAUCAGUCUCAAGUAUCCGCUGCUGCUGCUGCCAGUUUUCGAGCAAAUACACACGAUGGUGCGGAGUCUGACGCGAGAGCCGAGUCCGCUGUCACGAAUCGAGAGCGUCGUGCUGUACGAGGCGCUGCUUCUCAUCUCCAAUCAUUUCUGCGAUUACGAGAGGCAGACGCGAUUCGUCGCGGAAGUGAUCGGCAACGCGUCCAGCAAGUUUGUCACGCUGGGCGCGGAGUGGUUCAAAGGACCGUUGGAACUCAUGCAAUUUGUGGGGCUGGACAGACCGCCGGUUGAGAAUAUACUGGAGGACCCGAUGCGGUGCAAUCGCAGAGAUCUCAUGAUGUGCAUUUGCACCGUGCUGAGUGUGGUGAAACGGUGCUCGAUCCCGGAGGAUCCCGAUCGCGCUGCGCGUGGCGGUUUCGUGGCCGCGCUCAGUGAAAGCGGCAAUCCUGUUUAUCGAAAUCCCGCCACGCCCCACGUCGUCCCGAUCCUGCCGACGCUCUUCGCGCUUCUGCGGACGAUGAACGCUCUCUUCAGCCCUGCUGCUCUCGCUGCCUUGUCGGAGGGUUACAAGAAUGCUCACGGCCUUCUAGAAUCGGAGAAGGCAAACCUGUUGGGCGUGAAUCUUACCAGCGACAACACCACCGAAACAGAUCAAGCCUCGAGCACUUGUCUGGUUCGAAUGCAAUCAUUCCUCAGCACGAUUCACGAUCAUUGCUACCAUAUGUUGGGUAGCGGCUGCCAUAUGAUCGGUCGUGAUUUCUACCAGUUGCCCGGCCUCGCGCCCGCGUUGUUGAACUCAGUUUUCUCGAAUAUGGAGACGAUUCCGGAUUACAGACUGCGCCCAAUCAUUCGUGUGUUCAUGAAGUCGUUUAUAUACUCCUGCCCGCCGGCUUUUUACGAGAGCGUACUAGUACCUGUAUUGGCGCACGUGUCCACACACAUGUGUCACAGAUUAAGCUCAAAGUGGCAAUACAUCGCGCGUCUCUACGAAUCUGGCAGUCUGGACGAGGAAAACACCGACACGCAGGAAGUUAUCGACGACAUGCUCAAUAGAAAUCUAACCAGAGAUUUCGUAGAUGUGCUGAAAGUGGCUUUGGUCGGCGGCGCCGCCAGCGACGCCGCACCGCCGGACAGCAUGGAGGACAGCGGAGGAAUGGCGGUGGAUCCACCUCUUUCGCGAGGGAACAGCAUCGUCGCCGAGGUCGUCAGCGAACUGGGGGCCUUCGUCCUGCGCCACCCGUCCACAUGUCACAGCGUCGUCUUAUGCGUACUAGGGGCGCUUGCGUGGAACGACUCGAACGCGAGUCUCAAGGCUACGAUGUUGACCGGGCCCGUGGUCCGGGCGCUGGCAGCCGACGGCAGUCUUACUCCCGCCAUGGCGGCGCACAUCAUGGUUGCCGUUCUCCAAGGUCUGCAACUGCACGGUCAGCACGAGGCGAACCAGGGCUCGCUCAUCACCCUCGGCGCGCAGGUUUACGAGUGCCUCAGACCCAAGUUUCCUAAUAUCAUCGAGGUGAUGCAGCAUAUCCCCGGAGUCAAUCCCGUUGACUUGCAGCGCUUCGACGAGAAGAUGGCAGUGGUUAGCACGAAGGGCAACAAGGUUGAAAAGGGAAAGAAGGACCUCUUUAAGAAAAUUACGAAUCAGCUGAUCGGCCGAAGUGUAGGUCAAUUGUUCCGCAAGGAAGUGAAAAUAAACAAUUUACCGCGAAUAGAAGUGUUCGGCAAGCCUCAGUCGGUGCGUGUGGACGAGAUCUCGAAGAACGCCGCCGAUACGGGAAUAACAGCUCUGUUCGCUGGCCCUACGUAGCAGACAGUUUUAGAAAGCCACAUUCUGCAUCGCUGGUCUAACUCAAUAAACAAUUAUAAAUUAUUGUAAAAGUGUCUCUUCAGAGAUGGCCAUAGAUGCUGGAGAAAGAAGCGCUCGUCCCUAAUUGCUGAAACAGAGCGCUUCUCGCCGGAAAAGAUUCACUGGUUCUGUGAACUGUGUCUAAAGCAUUCGAAGUGUCACUACGCGAUUGCAACUUGUAACAAAACCUGCACACGUUGCUUCUCAUUUCAUUAUCACUUCGAGAGAUGCUUUCACAUUUUAAUUACCGUUCGAAAAAUUUUCGAAUGCACGCCACAAACGAACGGUAAUUAAAAUGUGAAAGCAUCUCUCGAAAUGAUAAUGAAAUGAGAAGUAACGUGUGCAGGUUUUGUCACAAGUUGCAAUAGUGUAGGAAAUCGAGAUGAUACUUGAGAAAUCCUCGGGCACGCCGUGCCCUCACUCAAUCACUAGGUGCUUCAAAUUAAUAGCGAAUUCGACUGGCGUGCACUGGCAUUGCCGUUACUAAUAAUCGCCGUUUGAUCGCUCACACUCGAUCGCAAUGAUGGUAAAAGAAACAAGGCUAACUGAAAGUCGGGAGGAAGCGCAUUUAAUGUGCGCCCAGUCGAACUCGCUAUAAGUCUCGGAUAUAAAUGAUAAGUACACGUUCGAUUCAUCAUGGAUAUAUCUACACGCGUGACUGUCACGAGUUUUUUCUGCACUUUCCUCACUCUGAAAUCAAUUGUGAACAUUUCAAACUGACGAAGAUGCAGCACGCAGUUUGGUGAUAUAACGUGUAGAAUAAGUCUUCACAUUGCGCGUUCUGUCGUUACUCUUUAUUUAUUGUAAUUAAUUUUAAAGGAUGUAAGAGGGAAAGCACGAGAGCUCGAUCGGUCUCGAUCGGUCUCAUUGACUCGGGACCGAGUCUUCUCGAUGGAGAUGUUUCGGCGCGUUAUCGUCCCUUUAAUCGUCCAUUUUCGAUCGCGCAGAGAGCAAUUUCCAGAAGACUUAUACAUCACAGAACGUUCGUCUUUUACGUACGGGAAGGCUCAACGGGGUUGCGAAGGGAGUGAACAACGGCACGUGAUGGACUAUUGUGAUAAGGAUAACGCGUAGUUAAACUGAUAACAAUUUUUAACGGUGUAUAUUGAAGCGAGCGACUUAAGAAAGUCGCUCAUCUCGCUACUUUAUGCAAAUGAGGAAGAAAGCAAAAAGACGCGGCACGCUCUGCGAAGAGCCGAACCGAAAAACCGUAGUAUGUUCCACAUUCUUUUUCCUUCCUUUUUUUUUUUCCUCCUUUUUAUGAAGCUAUGUUUCUGAAGUCCGCAGUGUCUACAGCAAGCUAGAUCUGCUCUCUUUAGCUGCGAGCUUUCCAAAUCUUAUCGGUACUUAAAACCGAAUGCAUGUUCGCGGUUUUUGAGGAAAAAAGCUAGAAAUUUGUAAUUCGGAAGGUGCAGCCAGACGGAGCAAAUCUAUUGUAUUAUAACGUCCUAAGGAUUUGGAAGUAUAGUUUAUUACAUCGGUGUCAUAUAUUUAUACAUAUAAGUAUAUACAUAUUGUACAAUAAAAUCUGAUAGCGAUCUUUACCAGAGUAGAAGAGAAUGAAUUGUAAUCGCUCGUCUAUACAUAUAUAUAUAUAUAUAUAUAUGUAUGUAUAUAUAUAUAUUUGUUUCGAAUGUUCAUAUUAUAUACGAUUCGUUGAUUUUUUCCAAGGCAUAGAUCGACGCCGAAAAAGUGUGCGACGCCACAAAGUAAUGUCGAUCAACGUCUUCCUAACAGCCGAGUUUUCUCGCGAAGCAAAAAUCGAGACUGGCUGGUACAAUUGAUGAAAUUUACACGGCACUAUAUAUUUACAAUGCGAAUCGAAAACGGCAGUUUUAACUCGAGAAUACGCGAUCUGCGCGGGAGCACGCGACAUUUGUACAUUACGAUUCUUAAUAUAAAUGCGAAUAAACGACGAUUUAGUGCGUUGGAGAGUGUAGGCGGCCGAUCACCCGUGUAGUUUGACAUGCAAAACUCGCGGAAACGCUCCAAGAAAUUCCGUGUAUCUAGAAUAUUAAAUAAGUAUGUUUUUUUAAGACGA